AUGAAAAAUAAAUCAGGAUAGGUGUAACUAAAUAACAAGCAAAUAAUGAAAGUAGGCGGAAGAGGUGUUCUUGAUACUUCUGCCACUAAAACAAAAAAGAAGGAAUUCGAAAUUUAACAAAUAGAUCAGUCAUUGGAAAAUAAAAUUUAGAUGGCAUAAGCUAAUUAAUAAAAGAAGAAAGAUGUUGCUGCCAAAAAGAUAUAUAGAUUUUUAUAUAAAAUAUAUAAAUAGUAUUAUUAGUAUAAUAAUAUAUAGAACAGAGAAAUAACAUAGAUAUAGAAAAUUUGUAAUUGAUGAACUUAUAAAUACAGAAAGAAAUUAUGUACAUGAUCUAAGAAUUCUAAUAGUAAUAUAAAGUAAAGUAAGACAAUGGUUAAAUAAACAAUAAAUUGAAAUAAUAUUUAAUAAUCUACAAUAAUUGUAUGAUUUAAAUAGCCCUUUUCUUUAAGAUUUAGAAGGAUUUCUUCCAUAUAAGAGGUACAAAUUAUUAGGACCAAUAAUUAAAGGAUUGGCCCCUUUUUUUAAAGUUUAUUUUACAUAUUAUGAGGGAUUUAAUAAAUCUAUGGCAACCCUUAAAUAAUGUAUUAAUGAUAAAGAGGAUUUUAAAAAAUUCCUUAAAAACAUUUCUGAAAUUAAAGACUACAAUAAUUAGGAUAUUGAGAGUUAUUUAAUUAAGCCAGUUUAAAGAAUACCAAAAUACAAUUUAUUGCUAGAAGACUUACUAAAACAUACGGAAAAAACGCAUCCUGAUUAUAAAAAUUUAUCUGAAUGCUUGGAAUUAUUUAAAAAAAUUAAUGAUGAUAAUAACAAAAAUAUGGAUAUAUUUUUAUCAAGUAAACUAUUUGAUGUAGAAAAAUGGUUUGGAAAUAAACUCAACUAGAAAUUAGUGGAUUCAAAAAGAAAAUAUAUUACUGAAAUAUUAACUUCAACUUUAGAUUCCCAUAAUAAUGUUAUUAAUGUAACAGCUUUUAUUCUUAGUGAUUUAAUCAUUGUUGGAGAAAGAUAAGACAACCAAUAUUAAUAUAUCUAAAGUGUAUUUUUAGAUGAAAGAAGUGGAUGCUUAGAUGUUGAAAAUUAAUAACAUCUCUAAAAUAUUUAUAUUAUAUAAGGAAUUAAUGGUUAAUCGAUAACAUUUAUAGAGUAAACAUAUUAAGAUAAAAUUGAAAAAAUGGCUAAAUUACAAAAAAUUAUUUAAGAAUGCAAAGAAAAAUCUAAAUAUACAUUUUAAAGACUAGCAUCACGUUAAGGAUCUGAAAUUAAGUUUUAAUAGUAUAAAAUAAAAGUAACAGCUUUGGGUAUAGAUGAAAGAUGUGAAAAUUUAAGUAGCUAUAAAGUUUAUAUAAUUGAAGUAGGAAUUGAUGAAGUUUUUUAGAAAUUAUUUUUAAGAUUUAGUUAAUGUAUGAAGAUUUAAGAUUAUAUUAAAAAGAAAUAUCCAAAAACUUAGUUUCAUUUUUUAAAAUAAAGUACAACUAUAAGUUUGUUAAAUGAUUAAAAGGAAAUUGAAUCAAGAAUGAUUGGAAUUCCACUUUUUGUUUAAUCAAUUCUUUUAUCUGAAAUACCAAGAUUAGAUCCAUAAAUAUUUAAAGAUUUAGGUCUACCUGAGAAUUUUUAUGAUUUGCCUACUAAAGCUAAUGAGUUUAGAAAUUAAAGAAAUGGAACUUAAAAAGGUCCAGAUAGAUUUAGUUAUGUUUCUCCAACUAGAACAUUAAUUAAAACAGUAGAUUAUGGAAAUGAUUAAUAAUCUAUUGAGAAUAAUUAAUGCAAUAGAAGAUUAUUAAGUGCUUCCUCUUUAAUUAGUAGAAAUAUUACAUUAGUAGAAGAAAAGAAAAAGAAAAAAGAGAAGGAUGCAAUAUAAAUAAUUGUGAAUCAUGCUAUUCCAAAAGAUAAACCUUGGGAAUUCAAUAUUCAAAAUAAUACUAAAGUUUUACAUGUUUUAGAUCAGAUUUAAAAGAUAUUAUAAUUACAAGAGAUUUAUGACUUUAAAUUAUACAUAUUUGAUAAUAAAUCUAGAGUGAAAAUAUUACAAAAUGAUGAAAAUAUAUGUGAUUUAUUUGGAGAUAGUUUUAUUUUUGCUAAAAAAAAAAAAGAACUUUGGUUUAAGAAGAUUAUAUAUCAAGAUUUGGAAUAAGAGAAAACUUUAUUAUAUUCUGAUAAUACUAGAAUGAAAUUAUUAUAUUAUCAAUUAGUAAGGGAUAUUUAAAUAUCUUCAUUGACAUUUCCAACUCAAAAUUAAUAUAUAAAAUUAGCUGCUAUUCAUAUAUAUUUAUAAAAUUGUAAUCCCUCAUAUGAUGUUAUUUAAUAAAUAAUACCAUCCACUAUUUUAUAACUUAAAUAAAGAGAGUAUUGGAAUUGUGUUGUUGCCUAAGAAUUUAAAGAUUUUAAAAGUAGUAUAGAUAAUACAUAAUCUACAAUGAUAGAAAUAAAUGAACCUGAAGAUAUUUCUAAAUUUAAAUCUAAAAGAAUCUUUUCAUCAAUGAUAUAAUCUAAUCAAACUUAAUUCUCUAAAAUUGAUAAUGUUGAUUUUGAUUAAACAAAACCAAUGAUUUAAUUUAUUUCAGAAUGUUUGAAAAACGAAUUCUGCAUUUAAUAAUUAUUUCAUGUAGUUUGUAAAGAAGCAUUGUCAUAAUUUGGAGAAUCAAAUUUAGUAUUGGGUAUUAGUUAUUAAGGAAUUAGGCUUUAUAGUAGUUCUAAAGAUAGAAUAUGGGAAAAGAUUGAUUAAACUUAAUCUUUUAAUGUUUUUCCAGGAUCUAUUGAAAUUGUAUUCAAGGGUAAAAAAAUUAAAUUUGAAACCAAUUAAGGAUUUCAAAUCUAAUCAUUAUUUGAUGAAUAUUCAGCAAUUAAAUCUUAGAAUUAGGAAUGA